AUGGCGCUAUCCAGACAAGCUCAGAGACAAGAUCAGACAGAAUUAAUCACUUGUCAAAUAUGUUAUGAAACCUUCAAAAUACCGAAAAUAUUACCAUGCUUACAUACCUUCUGUGAACAAUGCAUACACGAGUUCAUAAUAUCAACUGGACGCAAUAAAGAACCACUUUCAAGAAAAGAGUUUAGUUGUCCUACUUGCAAAACUCUUGUGAAGCCAACAGAUGCAAAAUCGGAUAUUGAUAAAUGGGCUGCUAACCUGCCCCAUAAUGUAAGCAUACAAGAAAUGCUUGAUAUAUCCAACGGAGAAAAGAAAAAGUGUAGUGCUUGCAAACGACAUGAUGAAAUAUCAGAAGCAAAGUUCUGGUGCGAAAUUUGUGAAGAAGCUCUCUGUGAAAAAUGUAAUGAUAUGCAUAGUCGUAUGAAACUUUCUGCUUCGCAUAAUGUAAUUCCUGUUGACGAAGUUGCUUCCUUUACCUACGGAAUGGUUGUUAAUGCGAUAUCUGAACAUUGCUCUGUUCAUCCGUCCAAUUUAGUAGAUGUGUUUUGUUGUGAUCAUAAAAUUAUUUGUUGCGGUUCAUGCGUAUCCACAAAGCACAGAAAAUGUAAAAGAGUAAUGACUAUUUCCAGCCUUAUGACAAGUGGCAAAUAUAUGUCUCUCCCAUUGAAGAUAAACGAAAUUAAGCAAGCGAUAGAAAGUCUUAUGAAGGAAAAGGAUCAAGAAAAAGCUGAUAUCAAACUCGCAACAGAAGACACAGAAGAAGAAGCUAAAGAAUUUCUCGAACAACUUAAAUGUAAGCUUGAUAACUUGUUUGAUACAUUUGUGAAACAACUACACAUGUUCCGCGAUGAAAAAUAUACGAGUUUUAAUGUACGAAUGCGACUAUUAGAACAGUUUGUUAAGAAUCUAGAUCAUUGGAUCCGUUCGAUUGAAGUUGUUGAAAAAUUUGGAACCAAGACACAGUUGUUCAUUCUUGUGGAGAAUAUAAAGCAUCAUAUUGCAUCGCAAGUAAGCGAAAUCUCGGGGGUUAUCCAGAGCGACACAUUGGUUGAUUUAAGCUUUCAAAAGAAAGGCAUCUUCAGCCAGCUUGAGACAUGUGAGACCAUGUUAGAAAUUGGAACGUUUAAAACAUUCGAGAGUCCUAUAUUUGGUAGGAUGAUUGGUAUUUACAAGUGCUGUGCAGGCUUAGGCUUAAACUGUUAUCCCAAAUUUGAAAAUGCGUAUGUAACGUUCGUUGGAAGUAUUUAUGUCACAGGUUCAAAGUUUUCUUGUGGUGUAUGUAUAGAUGAAAAAUAUAUGGUAGUUGGAGAUGCUGGACCCCAAAAAAAAUUGUACAUCGUUGAAAAACAUUCAGGUUAUAUCGUCAGCACCACAGAUAUCCAUGGAGAUGUCAAACGUUUAUGCUAUGAUAAAAAGUCGAAUCAGCUAUUUAUUUCAUGUUAUAGUGAAGAGUUAUACAAAGCAGACGUUAAAGCUGAAGAAAUAAUUAAAGUUACAAAAAUGCCUUUCAAUGAAGAUCAUGUUGGUGCAUUGUUUAGUGUAAACAACGACGUGUAUGUCGUUGUCAACAGAGCAAUUAAGAAAUUCAGUAUAAAUGCUGAUUCAGACGAUAUGACUACAUGUUUUUACACUAACACAGAAUGUGGUCUAAACGGAAUGAACGUGAUAGGGAAAUAUAUUGUCUUCACAACAGCAGACAACGAGAUCAAAUGUUCAACAUUACAGGGAAAGAGAAAAUUUUGCUAUAAAAACGAUGAACUGGAAAGUCCUAAAUGUAUUGCUGUAUUGUCUUCCGGAUUGACUUUAGUGGUUGACAGAGCAAAUGACGGGUCAUUACAUAUGAUUUCAGAAGAUGGAUCAAAACACCGAAGAUUACUUGAAAAGUUUGAAAAUGUUAACAAUCCUACUGAUAUUUGGUGUACAUUGCAGGAGGAAAGUACAUUGAUACAUACAGAAUAG